UAAUGAGACAGCAUAUUUAGAAUAUCAUGAAUGGCGAAGUAUGAAAUUUUCGGAUGAAUUUGUAAAAAGGUCAUAUAUGAGUAUGCGUAAUAUGGAAUGUAAUAUUUGUAAAGAGGUUGCUAGACUAAGGAUUUUAAAUG